GAAAAGAAGGCCUGGGAAAAAGAAAUACUGAGGGAGAGCAGCCAGAAAAUUCAGCAUGACAGAAGCAUACGCAGAAACCACAGCUGAAUACGCUUAUGAUGAACAUGCUUUCUCCUGCAACAAAACUGACAUCCAAGAGUUUGGGAAAAUAUUUCUGCCUAUAUUUUACCUUGUGGUGUUUGCUCUUGGCCUCACAGGGAAUCUAAUGGUGGUUUUUGCCAUUGUGAAAGGCAAUAAAAAAAGCAUCACCGACAUCUAUCUCCUGAACUUGGCUGUCUCUGACCUUCUCUUUGUGAUCUCCCUCCCGUUCUGGGCAUCCAACAGGGUCCGUGGGUGGACCCUUGGGACUAUGACAUGUACAGCUGUUUCCUCACUGUAUUACAUUGGUUUCUUUGGGGGCAUGUUCUUUAUCACUGUUAUCAGCGUUGACAGGUACUUGGCCAUUGUCCGGGCAACUUACUCUCUGAAAUCCAGAACAGUAAGGCACGGCUUUCUUGUCACCUGCGGAGUGUGGGCAAUAGCGGUUUUAGUGUCAGUGCCACAUUUUGUGUUCUCCCAGCUCGUAGAAAAUGACUGCAUUCCUGUCUUCCCAGAGAAGCUGGAGAACAUCUGGCCAGUGUUGUGCAAUAUGGAGCUGAACACCAUCGGCUUUUUCAUCCCAGUCUGUAUCAUAUUCUAUUGCUACUGUGGGAUCAUCAAAACCCUCCUGUCCUGCAAAAAUCAGAAAAAGGCACGAGCCAUAAAACUGAUCUUGGUUGUGGUGGUGGUGUUUUUUCUGUUUUGGUCCCCCUACAAUGUAUUGAUUUUUCUAGAUACUUUAAAUCACUAUGAAUUAUUCACAAAUUGCAACCAAAUUAAGUCAUUGGACUAUGCAAUGCACCUGACCGAAACCAUUGCAUUCAGUCACUGUUGUCUCAAUCCUUUUAUCUAUGCCUUUGCUGGGGAAAGAUUCAGGAAAUACCUUUAUCAUGUCUGCUUGAAGUACUGUCCAUUCCAGUGUUUCUGUGGGCCCUGCAGUCGCUACCAGGUCCCUCAUUCAGUUAGUUAUGCAGAAAGUGUGGGGAACAGCAACAUAACCCUGAACACCAGCGACCAGGACGGCUCUGUCUUUGUCUAAAAGGGUCUCAGAAGGAGAAAUGUAUCAAUAUGUGUCUCCUGCAGGGAUAGCAACCACUGAGGGGUUGCAUUUACCCUCAUGAAGAGCCUUAAUGGCUGCACUGAAUUACUGACAUGCCUCUAGUUAAGAAUUAAAUAUUAUAAAACAGUAAAGAUUUAAAAAACAAAAGCAAUACAAUAUGUCAGUGUUGGACAUGGAAUGGAAUCAAGAACAAGGAAGAGGGAAAGCAGAAACAAAAGGAGCACUCUGUGCCUAGAAAAGGAGCUGGAGAAGAAUUUAAGGAUAAGGGAGCCUUUUGAACAGUUCCACCACUGGAACUUGUGCAUGUUUCAGUAUAUGUGCACGUGAUACUAAUGUAAAUAGACCUAAACUCAUUUUUUUAAGGGAAAUCCCUUUAAUGAAUGGUGACUGAAUUUUAGGAAAAAUUUUACUAUCUUUGAUAGUAAAAGGGUGUAUUUUUGAUGCUGUAUCUCCAUAAGGAAGUGAUUUUGUGGUUAUUGAUUGUAACAAAUGUUUUAACUGUGUUUUCAUA